AUGGACGUUUCUUCCAUUGGACGAACUAUAAGCCAAACUGAUCAAGACCCUUUGUUAAUGGAGCAAGAAUCUCACAAUAAUCCUCAACACAUCGUUGACAUCACAACAAGCAAUGACGAUGACUCGUCUUCAUCAAGAUCUUCUAUCGAUGAGCUGACUCCUGAGGUUAACUCACAUCAAGGCGAAGAGAGAAUAACAUCAAACGGCAACAUUACGCAUCCAUCUCCUUCAACUCCUCAGCAAAGAGCAAAUUCUACAGGGAAUGGUCGCCGUAGUAGUGCUAGUACUAGAAGGAGUCCAUUGAAUUCUGGACUUUGGAUUUCAGUUGAGUUAGUUGUCACUGUGGCUCAGAUUGUGGCAGCCAUAGUAGUCAUGGUUCUGGCUAAAGAUGAACAUCCAGAAGCGCCACUGUUUACUUGGGUUGUUGGAUACACCUCUGGCUGUAUAGCCACUCUCCCUAUUCUCUACUGGCGUUUUCGCACUUACAACCAAAGUUCGGUGCAAGAACGUGGCAGCUCUUCUCAGUCCAAUAAUAAUAACCCUUCAGAAUCCACACCUUACACAGCCGUCUCAGUGGUUCAAGCGCCAGACGAAGAAAAUGGCACCGACCUGAGAGCAGCACCUAGAACCAAUCAAGUUGGGGAUAGCUUAAGAACAAGGCUCAGUGGGAUGGUGGACCACUUCAAGAUGGCGAUUGAUUGUUUCUUUGCUGUGUGGUUUGUUGUGGGGAAUGUCUGGAUAUUUGGAGGUCACUCAUCUCCUUCUGAUUCUCCUAAACUGUACAGGUUAUGUAUAGCGUUCCUUACCUUCAGCUGCAUUGGAUACGCAAUGCCAUUCAUACUAUGCGCAACCAUCUGUUGCUGUUUGCCUUGCUUAAUCUCUGUUCUCGGGUUUCGGGAGAAUUUCUCACAAACUAGAGGAGCCACUCCGGAGGCCAUCAACGCUCUGCCUGUCUACAAAUUCAAAUCCAAAAGUAGAAACGAUUUGGAAUUUUCAGAGGAAGAUGAAGGUGGAUUUCUUCUGUUGGGAACAGAGAAGAAACGUCUUAUAUCAGGCGAAGAUGCCAGCUGUUGCAUCUGCUUGGCCAAAUAUGGAGACGACGAAGAAGUUAGAGAGCUGCCAUGCUUACAUGUGUUUCAUGUAAACUGUGUAGACAAAUGGCUGAAAAUCAAUGCGACUUGCCCUCUCUGUAAAAAUGAGGUCGGAGAAAGCAGUAGUAGCGCUUCUUCCUCAUAG